UGACAAUUAAGCAGACAGCAAGACGGUGAUUGGGUAGGUGCCUCGUGAGGCCUGAGAGGUUUCAUUUAAAAACACACACUAAAUCACACACACACACACUAUAUAAAUUAUUCACAUAUUUAAAGCCUCUCCAACGCCCAACCAAACCCAAACCAACAUUGAACCAACCCCCAUUUUUAGUUCAACCCACAAACAUAACUCCACUACAUACAUAGCAUUUUUAUAUUAUUCAUAUAUUUCAUCAUUCAGAUUUACAAGCUUUCUUGAUUUUGCCUCCACUUACUUAUGCUCUUACUUCAUUUGGACCAAUCAAAUUGAGAAAGUUCCAACCUUUUUGGCAACCCAGUUUUGAAUUCUUGCUUUUUGUUCUUCUUAACGGUGGUGCAAACAUGUCGGAAGCCCAAAGGAGGCCACUAGUGGCUGCUGUUGGGCGCAAUAAUGGUUACAUAAAUGGAGUGGUUCCAUUGAGACCGCCUUCUACAGUAUCCGAGAUCGAUGAAUUUUGUUUUGCCCUUGGUGGCAAUAAGCCAAUCCACAGCAUUUUAAUAGCAAAUAAUGGAAUGGCUGCCGUUAAGUUCAUACGUAGUGUCAGGACUUGGGCUUAUGAAACUUUUGGUACAGAGAAGGCCAUAUUGAUGGUGGCCAUGGCGACUCCCGAGGACAUGCGGAUAAAUGCGGAACAUAUACGAAUAGCUGAUCAGUUUGUGGAAGUUCCUGGUGGAACAAACAAUAAUAACUAUGCCAAUGUACAACUAAUCCUCGAGAUGGCAGAGAUAACACAUGUUGAUGCAGUUUGGCCUGGUUGGGGUCAUGCAUCUGAAAACCCUGAACUUCCAGAUGCCUUGCAUGCUAAGGGAAUCAUAUUUCUUGGCCCGCCAUCAACAUCCAUGGCAGCUUUGGGGGAUAAGAUUGGUUCUUCUUUGAUUGCUCAAGCAGCAGAAGUACCCACUCUCCCAUGGAGUGGCUCUCAUGUAAAAAUUCCCUCAGAUAGCUGUUUAGUUACAAUUCCAGAUGAUAUAUAUAGCGAGGCAUGUGUGAGUACAACAGAAGAAGCACUUGCUAGCUGUCAAGUUGUAGGUUACCCUGCAAUGAUCAAGGCAUCAUGGGGUGGUGGGGGUAAAGGCAUCAGAAAGGUUUAUAAUGACGAUGAAGUCAAGGCACUAUUUAAGCAAGUUCAAGGUGAAGUACCAGGAUCCCCUAUAUUCAUAAUGAAGGUUGCUUCCCAGAGUAGGCAUCUAGAAGUUCAAUUGCUCUGUGAUCAGCAUGGUAACGUUGCAGCUUUGCAUAGCCGUGAUUGCAGUGUUCAAAGAAGACAUCAAAAGAUUAUUGAGGAAGGACCAAUAACAGUUGCUCCCCGUGAGACUGUAAAAAAGCUAGAGCAGGCAGCUAGGAGAUUAGCAAAAUCUGUUAAUUAUGUCGGAGCUGCAACGGUUGAGUAUCUAUACAGUAUGGAAACUGGGGAGUACUAUUUCUUAGAGCUCAACCCUCGGUUGCAGGUGGAGCAUCCUGUCACUGAAUGGAUAGCUGAAAUAAAUUUGCCAGCAGCCCAAGUUGCAGUUGGGAUGGGUAUUCCUCUGUGGCAAAUUCCAGAAAUAAGACGGUUCUAUGGGAAGGAUCAUGGCGGAGGAUAUGACACUUGGAGGAGAACAUCAUCAGUUGCUACCCCAUUCAAUUUUGAUGAAGCAGAGUCUACACGACCAAAAGGUCAUUGUGUGGCUGUGCGUGUAACAAGUGAGGAUCCUGACGAUGGGUUUAAGCCUACGAGUGGGAAAGUACAGGAGUUGAGCUUCAAAAGCAAGCCAAAUGUGUGGGCAUACUUUUCUGUUAAGUCUGGAGGAGGCAUUCAUGAAUUCUCAGAUUCUCAAUUUGGGCAUGUUUUUGCUUUCGGAGAAUCUAGAGCUUUGGCUAUUGCAAAUAUGGUUUUAGGGCUGAAGGAAAUUCAAAUACGUGGAGAAAUUCGCACAAAUGUUGACUACACUGUCGAUCUAUUACAUGCUUCCGACUACAGGGAGAAUAAAAUACACACAGGCUGGUUAGAUAGUAGAAUUGCAAUGCGUGUGAGAGCAGAAAGGCCCCCUUGGUAUCUUUCUGUGGUUGGAGGAGCACUUUAUAAAGCUUCUGCUAGCAGUGCAGCCAUGGUUUCAGAAUAUGUUGGUUAUCUUGAAAAGGGGCAAAUCCCCCCUAAGCAUAUAUCACUUGUCAGCUCUCAAGUUUCAUUAAAUAUAGAAGGGAGCAAAUACACGAUUGAUAUGGUAAGGGGAGGUCCAGGAAGUUAUAAGUUGAAGCUGAAUGAGUCUUCGGUUGAAGCAGAGAUACAUACUUUACGUGAUGGGGGUUUAUUGAUGCAGCUGGAUGGAAACAGUCAUGUUAUAUAUGCAGAGGAAGAAGCAGCUGGAACUCGCUUACUGAUUGAUGGAAGGACUUGCUUGCUUCAGAAUGACCAUGAUCCUUCUAAGUUAGUGGCGGAGACACCAUGCAAGCUACUACGAUAUUUAGUCCCGGAUGGUAGUCAUGUUGAUGCUGACACACCAUAUGCAGAAGUUGAGGUUAUGAAGAUGUGUAUGCCACUUCUUUCUCCUGCUGCUGGAAACAUCCAGUUUAAAAUGUCUGAAGGUCAAGCAAUGCAGGCUGGAGAGCUUAUAGCAAAUCUUGAUCUCGAUGAUCCUUCAGCUGUGAGAAAAGCUGAGCCUUUCCAUGGAAGCUUCCCACUACUGGGACCUCCUACUGCAAUAUCUGGGAAAGUGCACCAGAGAUGUGCAGCAAGUCUGAAUGCAUCUCAGAUGAUUUUAGCAGGAUAUGAGCAUAACAUUGAGGAAGUCGUUCAAAGCUUGCUUAGUUGUUUAGAUAAUCCCGAGCUUCCUUUUCUACAAUGGCAAGAGUGCUUAUCUGUCUUGGCAACCCGACUACCUAAAGAGCUCAGAAAUGAGCUAGAAACAAAAUAUAAGGAGUAUCAAGUAAUCCCUGGCUUGCAAAAUGUUGACUUCCCAGCCAAAAUCCUGAGGGGUGUUCUUGAGUCCCAUCUAAGCUCAUGCUCCACCAAAGAGAAAGGAGCCCAAGAAAGGCUUAUUGAGCCAUUGCUAAGUCUUGUCAAGUCCUACGAGGGUGGCAGAGAGAGUCAUGCACGUGUCAUUGUUCGAUCUCUCUUUGACGAGUACUUAUCAGUUGAAGAGUUAUUUAGUGACAAUAUCCAGGCAGAUGUAAUUGAACGGCUUCGACUUCAAUACAAGAAAGAUCUCUUGAAGGUUAUGGACAUCGUGCUUUCUCAUCAAGGCAUUAAAAACAAAAACAAGCUGAUACUGCGGCUUAUGGAGCAAUUGGUGUACCCAAAUCCCGCUGCAUACAGGGAUCAGUUAAUUAGAUUUUCAGCACUUAAUCAUACAAAUUAUUCUCAGCUAGCUUUGAAGGCGAGUCAACUGCUAGAACAAACCAAGUUAAGUGAACUCCGCUCUAGCAUUGCCAGAAGCCUUUCCGAAUUAGAGAUGUUUACGGAAGAAGGUGAAAGUAUGGAUACUCCUAAACGGAAAAUUGCCAUUAAUGAACGGAUGGAAGAUCUUGUGAGUGCUCCUUUAGCAGUGGAGGAUGCCCUUGUAGGCCUAUUUGAUCAUAGUGAUCCCACCCUUCAGCGGAGAGUUGUGGAAACAUAUAUUCGGAGACUGUAUCAGCCCUACCUAGUAAGUGGGAGUGUCAGGAUGCAGUGGCACAGAUCUGGUCUUAUCACUUCGUGGGAGUUCAUUGAAGACCAUCUGGAAAAAAAUAUUAAUGGAUCUGACUAUCAUCUAGUUGAGAAACCAGGGAUUCAGAAAAAGUAUGAGAAGAAGUGGGGUGCCAUGGUUAUCAUCAAAUCUCUUCAGUUUUUGCCAACAGUUCUGAGUGCUGCAUUGAAAGAAAUGACUCCAGACUCUGACAAGAGUAUUCCUAGUGGAAGCGAUGGGCGAGCUAGCCAUAAUAAUAUGAUGCAUAUUGCGUUGGCAGGCAUCAAUAACCAAAUGAGUUCACUUCAGGACAGUGGUGAUGAGGAUCAAGCUCAAGAAAGAAUCAACAAGUUAGCCAAAAUUCUUAGAGAAAAAGAAGUAAGCCACAACCUCAGAAGUGCUGGUGUUGCGGUUGUUAGCUGCAUAAUACAGAGAGAUGAAGGACGGGGCCCUAUGAGACAUUCCUUUUAUUGGUCGGGAGAGAAGCUUCAUUAUGAUGAGGAGCCCCUGCUGCGUCACUUGGAGCCUCCUCUAUCAAUAUAUCUUGAAUUGGAGAAACUCAAGGGUUAUAAUAAAAUAAAGUACACUCCAUCACGAGAUCGGCAAUGGCACCUGUACACUGUUGUUGACAAGGCACUGCCAAUCCAGAGGAUGUUCCUCAGAACACUGAUAAGGCAACCUACAGCAAAUGAAAGUUAUAUGGUGUAUCAAGGUCUUGACACGGGAAAAACACAAGCCGCAUGGACUUUGCCUUAUACUUCAAGGAGCAUAUUGAGAUCAUUAAUGACUGCAAUGGAAGAAGUGGAACUGCAUGUUCAUAAUGCAACUGUAAAAUCUGACCAUGCUCAUAUGUACCUCUAUAUCAUCCAGGAGCAAAAAAUUAACGAUCUUCUCCCACACUCGAAAGUGUUCAGUGAUAAUGGGCAAGAGGAAGCUGCAGUUGGAAAAAUAUUGGGAGAACUGACACGUGAAAUUCAUAAAUCGGUUGGAGUAAAGAUGCAUCGUUUAGGCAUUUGUGAGUGGGAGGUGAAGCUUUGGAUAACAUCUGCUGGACAGGCCAACGGUGCUUGGAGGGUGGUUGUGACAAAUGCAACUGGUCACACUUGUGUGGUGCAUAUAUAUAGAGAACUAGAGGAUGCAAGCACACACAAAGUGGUGUACCAUUCAAUAUCUCAGCAGGGGCCUCUACAUGGUGUACCAGUAAAUGCACAAUAUCAGCCUCUCGGAGUUCUAGAUAGGAGACGCCUUUUGGCCAGGAAAAGCAACACCACUUACUGCUAUGAUUUUCCACUGGCAUUUGAAGCAGCACUGGAGAAGUGUUGGGAAUCCCACUUACCUAGUAGUAUGAAGCCAAAGGACAAAGUUCUCAAAUUCAAGGAGUUUACAUUUGCUAACCUGAAUGGCAACUCUGAGAUCCCUCUUGUUACCGUGGAUCGUCAACCAGGGCUCAAUGAUGUUGGCAUGGUAGCCUGGCUUAUGGAGAUGUGUACCCCUGAGUUCCCUUCUGGUAGAGAGAUCAUUAUUGUUGCAAAUGACGUGACAUUCAAAAAUGGAUCUUUUGGUCCCAAAGAAGAUGCAUUUUUCCAGGCUGUCACUGAACUCGCUUGCAUUAAGAAACUGCCUCUCAUAUACUUGGCUGCAAACUCAGGAGCCCGUAUUGGGGUAGCUGAGGAGGUGAAAUCCUGUUUUAAAGUAGGUUGGUCUGAUGAGUCAAGCCCUGAGCGUGGGUUUCAGUAUGUGUACUUAACUCCCGAGGAUUAUAAAAAUAUUGGAUCGUCUGUGAUUGCACAUGAGUUGCAGCUUCCAAGUGGAGAAACUCGGUGGGUAAUUGAUACCAUUGUAGGAAAAGAGGAUGGUUUGGGGGUGGAGAAUUUAACCGGUAGUGGAGCAAUUGCUGGUGCAUACUCAAGGGCGUAUAGGGAAACCUUUACCCUAACAUAUGUAACUGGAAGAACUGUUGGAAUAGGUGCAUAUCUGUCUCGUCUUGGGAUGCGAUGUAUACAAAGAAUUGAUCAACCUAUUAUAUUGACCGGUUUCUCUGCACUCAACAAACUACUGGGUCGGGAGGUUUAUAGCUCUCACAUGCAACUUGGAGGACCUAAAAUUAUGGCAACGAAUGGUGUUGUUCAUCUGACCGUUUCCGAUGAUCUUGAAGGAGUGUCUGCUAUAUUAAAGUGGUUAAGUUUUGUGCCUGCAUAUUCAGGCGGUCCGCUCCCCAUUUCUACUCCUCUGGAUUUCCCAGAGAGGCCUGUUACGUACCUCCCUGAGAACACCUGUGAUCCUCGUGCAGCUAUAUGUGGUUCUCUAGAUGGUAACGGGAACUGGCUCGGUGGUAUGUUUGACAGGGAUAGCUUUGUUGAGGCUUUGGAAGGAUGGGCAAGGACAGUUGUGACUGGUCGGGCGAAGCUGGGUGGGAUUCCUGUUGGGAUCAUUGCCACUGAAACUCAAACUAUGAUGCAAGUUAUCCCUGCAGAUCCUGGACAGCUUGAUUCCCAUGAAAGGGUUGUACCUCAAGCAGGACAGGUAUGGUUUCCUGACUCUGCAAAUAAGACAGCGCAAGCAUUGAUGGACUUUAACAGGGAAGAGCUUCCACUUUUCAUUCUUGCCAACUGGAGAGGCUUUUCAGGUGGACAGAGGGAUCUUUUUGAAGGUAUCCUUCAAGCCGGAUCAACCAUAGUUGAAAACCUUAGAACAUACAAACAACCUGUUUUCGUAUAUAUUCCCAUGGGGGGCGAACUUCGAGGAGGGGCAUGGGUUGUCAUCGACAGUAGAAUUAAUUCAGACCAUAUUGAGAUGUUCGCUGAGCGGACUGCAAAGGGAAAUGUCCUUGAGCCAGAGGGUCUGAUUGAGAUAAAAUUCAGAACGAAAGAGUUGUUAGAGUGCAUGGGAAGGCUUGACAAACAGCUUAUAGAUCUCAAUGCAGAACUUUCAGAAGCCAAGAGCACCAGGGCCAUUGCAAAUGUUGAAUCCUUGCAGCAGCAAAUAAAAGCUCGGGAAAAGCAGCUUUUACCGAUCUACACUCAGAUUGCCACAAAAUUUGCAGAACUACACGAUACAUCUUCCAGAAUGGCUGCGAAAGGGGUGAUCAAAGAAGUUGUCGAUUGGGCUAACUCUCGAUCUUUCUUCUACAAACGAUUAAACCGAAGAGUUGCUGAGGGAUCAUUGAUCAAGAUUGUAAGAGAUGCUGCUGGCGACCAGCUGUCCUACAAAGCAGCACUGGACAUGAUAAAGAACUGGUUCACCUCCAGUGGCAGCCAAGAUACUUGGUUGGACGAUGAAGCUUUCUUCGCUUGGAAAAAUAAUCUCAACAACUAUCAUGACAAGCUACAAGAGUUGCGAAUGCAGAAAGUAACAUUCCAACUGCUGCAGAUGAGUGAUUCAACAUUAGAUCUCCAAGCUCUACCCCAGGGUCUUGCAGCACUUCUGCAGAAGGUGGAACCAUCUGUGAAGAAGCAGUUGGUGGAAGAACUACAGAAGGUGAUUAAUUCACAGGCAUCUGUUCCGGUUAACGGAAAAGUAAAGGUGCCAGUGUGACAUCCUUCAGUUCCAGGAAAGUAAAUUCAUUAGUUGAGGCCAUUUAGUCUGUUUUACUUGUUAGGGGGUUGUAGAUAGUUGUUCUACGGUUGAUAUAGGCAGAGGCACAUAUGUUUUAGGGGUGAAAUAUGCUAGCACAGAAAAGCUCUACUUAUGGUAUUCUUGUCAGCUGGCUCAUUUGCUGAAGUUAUUUACCCUGUUAUCCAUUUAAAAAUAAAUAGUACUCUAUUUUUUAUUGAAAAAUUUUACAAGUAAA